AUGGGAAAGAAACAUAAUUCAAAGGGCGCCAAGGGUCCCUCACCGCAGAUGCGUUCCCGCAAUACUCGAUCAUCCAAGGGACGGCUCUUAACCGACCCCGCCUUCUCCACGAUCCAACUCAACGACCAACUCUCCAUGCUCGGGCUCUACGCUGUCAACACCCUCGGAGAUGGCAACUGCCUCUUCCGCGCGCUCUCGGACCAGCUCCAUGGCUCCGACUCGCUCCACGCAACUCUCCGGCGAGAGAUCUGCAACUGGAUCGAGGAACACAAGGCCCGCUACGAGCCAUUUGUGGAGGACGAGCGAGGGAUCGACGCACAUAUACGGUGCAUGCGCGCGAACGCGACGUUUGGCGGGCAUAUGGAGUUGUCGGCUUUUGCCCAUAUGACGAGAAGGAACGUGAAGGUCAUCCAGCCGGGGUUGGUGUAUGUGAUUGAGUGGGCGACGGGCGAGACGGGGGAGAGCUCGAGUUCGGCGAGCUCAAGUGGGAGUGGGAGUACACCCAGGAGAUCAACAAGAUCGACGUCGGUGUCGGUGUCGACGGCAAGUCCCUCGAAGAAGGAGAGGGCAAAGAUGAAGGCGCAGUCGGAGAACGGCGAGGAGGUACGUGUGAAGACGGGCAGAGGUUACUACGUGCUUGAAGAGGUCAGCAGUAGUGACGAGGAUGACGACGAGGAUGAUGAGGUGGUAGUGGAGGCCCUGGUCUCCCAGCCGCCCCCGAAGCAGGAGAGCGGCGGGCCGACAGUGUAUGUCGCUUAUCACGAUUGGGAACACUUCUCGUCCAUCCGCAACUCGCGGGGUCCGCACACUGGCCUGCCGGAGAUCUGUGAAAUGCCCCCGCCCGACGCGCCUGUACCGCCAGACCUGAAGGACAGAGAGCGGGAAAGGAAGAAGGAACGGGAAAGGCAGGAGAAGGAAAAGAAGGAAAGGGAAAGAACACGCAAGGCGAAGGAAAGAGCGGACAAGGAGGCUGGCUUGUUGACUGUCAAGCUCAAACUUCCUUCACCUUCGCAAGUACAAGAACAAAAGAAAGAGAACGAUCCCACACUCAUCCCCCUGCCCUCUUCGCGCUCUGCUUCGCCGUAUGUCUUUCUCAAUGGUCCAUCAGACUCCACGUCGUCUCUCGCAUCUACCUCUGUUACCCCCGUCAACCCGCAUCACAACCACAACCUCCUGCAGACCCCGCGCUCGCAGUACCGCUCCCCCAAAAGGAGCUUUGACGAGUCAAGUGCUUCCGGAGGGGAGGACGAGGGCCAGGAGAAGAGGAGCCGCCGUCGGGUGGGCUCACGUUCGGGCAGGGAUGUAGAUGUGUUGCCCGACACACAAGGGCCUCCAGAGGCUGAGGAGAUGCUCAUCGACGUCGAGCACGUCGAUCCCGAUGCUGACACGCCCGGGCUCUCAGCACCAGGAACAUCAUCCAGCUCGAGCAGCUCAGCGAGCUCUGACGCAGGCUCGGACCUCUCGUCCUCUUCUUCGACCUCGCCGUCGCCUGAACCUGUCGAGCAGCCGACUCUGAACCCUUCUCCGCUUGUCGAACCGACCGGGCUAAGCAAGCGCGCAAAGCAGAAGUACAUCCAUGGGCAUACCGCAGGUGGGGAGAAGCAUCUCACUAAGCGGCAGCGCAAGGCCCUUGGUCUGCCCAAAGUCCGGUCUGCCAACGCUCCUGUAGGCUCGGUAGUCUCUGCGGGGAAGAUUGUCAUCCCUGGCGGGAGAUGGAAGGGGCGGAUCGGCGGCGACAGUGCGGUUGGUGUUGUGGAAGGCGAGGCGGACGCAGAUGGCGAGUGGAGGAGGAAUGGCGCGGGUCGGCUGGACGUUAGAGGCUUUAGGGAACUCAAGAUCUAG